GAAAGGAUGUGGGAUGACAAAGCGACACGAGGCCAUGUGCUGCGGGCUGCCUUACAACACGCGCGGUGCUGGCUGCGCGCUGCUGGCGUGGACCGCGAGCUCGGUUGCGAUGGAGACCGUGUCCCUGGAGCACCAGAUCCAGAGCGUGCAGCGGCACAUCGCUUUCCUGAAGAAGGAGCAAAUGGAGUUGCUCCACGACCUGCACCUGGAGAUCCUCCGCUUGCAGAAGCACUGCGCAGAGCUGACCCGCGACCUUGAAAUGAAAGAGCUGGAAGCCCGCCAGCAAGACGUGCUGGACCGGGAGCUGGAGGAGAGGUGCCGGGCGAUGGAGGCCCAGCUGCAGGAGAAGGAGAAGGACAACCUGGAGCUGCGCAAGGAGCUGCGCCACAAGGAGACUCUGGUGGCCGCGCUGCGCUCCAGCCUCCGCAACAAGGAGCGCAGGUUCCUGGAGGAGCUGAAGCGGAGGAGCCACCGCGUCACCAUCCUCGACACUGAGCUGCAGAAGCAGACAGAGGCAGCCGCCUACCUCUCCCUGCAGCUGCACGCCACUGCCCAGCGGCUGCCGGGACCCCGGGCCAGCGGGCGGCCACCUCCUGAGCAGCCCCCAUCCGAGGGCAGGCCCCGGCGCCGUGGCCACCGGGCGCACCCACGGCGCCCACCCGGGGACAGGUGCCCGCCCCAGGGACCCCACAUGUGA